CCGGAAUAAGCUUGUCGAUGGGAAAUAUUUGUACAAAAUCAAAAUAUUUGAACAAACUCACGAUUAUGAUAUAAACAUUCUAGAAUCCAAUACGUUCCACACUCGGAUACUACAGGCAUCUAUUAAAUACGACAAGCAAACAAGAGGCGUCAUGGUGUUCCAUUUUCUACUUCACUCUAAUCAUCGUGUCAUAUGAUGUAGCGGCGCAAUCGGUGUGUCAUUAGUAACAGUGUACGUCAUAUGUUCCAAUCACCAGUAGGUGACUGUUCCGAUUGGUCCAGCCCGCCAAUAAUAUUGAUCCUCUUGAUCGAUUAACAAUGCACCCAUUCUGUUGUGUUUUGCGAUUUGAAUCGCUUCAAUCUCCCUACGCCUGAAAGGACGCUACACGACCGAAAUGCUAAAAAUACUACACUCCCACCUGACAUUCACCAUUAAUGAUCGUAUAUUAGCGGAUGGGUGAUAAUUGUUCGCACAGGUUAGCGACAACUAUGGUUGUAGUGGACGUGAUAAAGUCGCACGGCGAAUCUUGGUGAGUUUAGUUAAUAUCGAGACUUCUGCACGACCAGUGCGUACGUGUGUCGUCCAAAAGUGUUUUGGGAAGCUAUAAAUCAAUCUAAAAGCAACGUUCUAUACAACAAAUAUUCUACUGAAGAUGUCUGAAACGCAAUUCGUGUGUGAUCUGUGCGGUCAGCGGUACUCCACCUUCGAGAUCCUGAUGACACACAACCGUCUGAAGCACUACCAUACGAUCAAGUUCGGUUGCGGCUACUGUAACGAGACGUUCCGCCAGGAGGAUGAUCUGUACUGUCACUUCGUCCUGACGCAUCGUGUCGAUCCGUACGCCAAGUCACGCUGCAAUAGUGCCGGAUCGGAUGAAUCCGAGGUGUACGGAAGCCCGGAGGACACACUUAUCCGUCAGGCGGAGGAAACCUGUGGCCAGAUGCGACUGAUCAGCGAAAGUGACGAUGGAUCGGAAUCGAUCGGCAGCAGCACGGGGGAGGACUCCGAUGAAGAUAGCAGCGAUCUGGAGCUAAACUACAACGAGCUGUACAUGAGACGGAAACGGAGCGCCAUGACGCAGGAAGAGAUAUCGGAGCUGACGGAUGUGUUUAAGAAGUCGGUCCAGUCGACCUACACCACGAAGCUACGAUUAUAGCAAAGGGGGGACAGCGCCGAGAGUUUGUAAAUAUCUGGCACACUAAUUUCUCGGUGAAGGACAGCUGUAGACAUUGAAGUCAUCCCUGUUUGAGGGAUGAUCAGACACGUCAUCCAUGUCAGUCAUGCGAUGCAAUUAGCUUAUCGCUAAUGUUCUUUUUUUUCCUCUAUAUCAGUGGAGAAAAAAACUAUCAUAAUUCGUCGAUCGAGGAUCGCGAAGAUCGCGCUUUCUGGCAUCUGGAGAGCGUCGACGAUAUUAUACUUUUAGCACUUUAGGAAUGAAGACAAAUCACGUCCGCCCGUUUAAAGCAGGCAUCCCACCUCUUAUUUGUCACAGAUGCACUCGAACCGGUUGAGCAAACAGAGCAGAGGGACCACCACUGCUAAUGGUGGUGUGAAAUAAUUUUUCGCAAAUAUUAUGAUUGUCAUUUGUGGGUUUUUGAUGUUUGCGCCAGUUUUUUUUCUCUCUCUUGCGAGAUCCCGAUGAAAUGGCGCAACCAUCACGAGAAGGCAUUGUUAGGUGCAAUUUAUCGCAUUUCCGACGUUGUUACCGUGCGGGAACUUACACCGCGGGAAUGUGUUUCCUACCCGAAACGGCCCGCCGGAAACUGUAUCUCCACACUCGGGGAGAAGAAAAACUCAAGUCACGGUUUGAAAAAGGGCGUGCGGUAAUUGCAAAGGUGACGAAAAGGAAUGCUUGAGAGUUUGUGGAAUCGAUCAACUAGACAGGGUGCGUUGGGAGUGUGUGAUGGUUCAGCGUUAAUGGUGAUGUUUUAUUUGGGAGGAAAAUAUUUGUAAAAAAAAAACCGUGGCAUUAAGUGUAGUGAGAUAAGAAAUAUGAAAACUGGACAAAUAAAUGAACUUUAAAGUCAACGUGA